CCUCAGUAAAAUGUUUUCUUUCCCUUUACAGAUUUCAAGCAUAUGUUUAUUUUGCAUCUGUCUUUCAAGCUAUGUCAUGUGGUAUCCAUUACUUAGCAUCUGUGUUCAUGGCUGUUACUCCUAACUUUGUAUGUGGGUUCCCUGGAAAUGUGAGUAGUGUUCUUUUCCACAACUCCUCUGCAUCAAGUAUAGAGGACAUCUGGACACUGUGGACAUCAACAGAAAAUUACAUUGUAGUCCAGCUGGAAAAUGGAGAAAUUUGGGAACUUGAUCAAUGCAGCAGGUCCAAACGAGAAGUAAGUUUGGAUCUGGCAUAUGAAUACAAAGGCAACAAGUCUGUAUUUCCUUGUUCUGAUGGAUUUCUCUAUGAUGAUACAAAGUGGAAGAGCACUGUUGUUACGCAGUGGGAUCUGGUCUGUGACCGAGAAUGGCUUGCAAAAUUAAUCCAGCCCACGUUCAUGCUUGGAGUCUUGAUUGGAGCAGUGAUUUUUGGUGACGUUGCUGACAGACUGGGAAGACAGCGUGUUAUAUGGUUCACAAGUGCUGGUCAGUUUGUGUUUGGCAUCGCAGUGGCCUUCACGUUUGACUACUACAGUUUUGUGAUUGUGCGCUUUCUCCUCGCUAUGGUUUCAAGUGGCUAUCUGGUUGUGGCUUUUGUUUAUGUGACUGAAUUUGUUGGCAUUAAAGCACGAACCUGGGCUUCUAUGCAUGUCCAUGCUUUUUUUGCAAUGGGAAUUAUGGUUGUGGCACUCGUGGGAUUUUUGGUUCGAACCUGGUGGGUCUAUCAGAUAUUUCUCUCCAUAGCAACUCUUCCCUUUGUCUUGUGCUGCUGGAUGCUCCCAGAAACACCUUUUUGGCUCCUGUCAGAGGAAAGAUAUGAAGAUGCACAAAAAGUGAUUGAUACAAUAGCAAGAUGGAAUAAAGUCAGCACUCCCUGCAAAGUUUCUGAACUGUGCUCAGUCCAACAAGAUGAUCUAGCCAGUGGCAGAACGAGUGAUAAUGAUACAUCCUCAACAAAGAAGCACAACAUCUUAGACCUGUUUUGUAACUGGCAAAUUGCAAGAAGGACCAUCACAGUCUGGCUGAUCUGGUUCACUGGGAGCUUGGGGUACUACGUCUUCUCCCUCAGUUCUGUCAGUCUAGGAGGCAAUGAAUAUUUAAACCUCUUUCUCAUAGGUGCUGUGGAGUUGCCUUGCUAUAUCAUUGCUUGCGUUGCCAUGGACAAACUGGGAAGGAGAAACACACUCAUUCCGUUCCUUAUUUUAAGUGCACUGAUCUGUGUUUUAAUUAUGUUCAUACCUCAGGAUUUCAAUAUAUUAAUUAUCUUAGCAAAUAUGGCUGGAAAAUUUUCCAUAGGUGUGGCAUUUGGCCUUAUAUAUCUCUACACAGCAGAACUGUACCCAACAAUUGUAAGAUCACUUGCUGUUGGAAGUGGAAGCAUGAUGUGCCGUGUAGGAAGUGUGGUUGCUCCUUUCUGUGUAUAUCUGAGAAGUGUUUGGAUUUUCAUGCCACUUUUGCUUGUUGGAAUCGUGGCUCUUCUGAGUGGAAUAUUAACCAUAAUGCUUCCAGAAACACUGGGAAAACCAUUGACUAAUACUUUGGUGGAAGCUACAGAAAUGGGAAGAAACAAGAAAAGCUGCUCAGAAAAGACUGCUCCAGCACAUAGUGGUGCAGCAUUAGAAAAGAUAGAGAUGUUUGGGCAAGAAAGAGUCAGCACUGACAAAUAA